CAGUAAUAAGAUAAAACGAGUCCCCAACAGCGGGUCAGCGUGGACAACAUUGACCGUGGGCCGUCAGCUUUAAGGAGACCUUGAAAAUAUAAUAAUAAUACACCAUGAGUGAUUCAGAGCAUACGGAAGUGGCUGAAGAAGUCGAGGAGUCCCAGCAGCUUCAGUGGCCUGAAAAUGGAGACGAGUGGAGUGAAGGGGAGGCCGACACCAGCAUGGACUGUGGGCUCCUGCAGGCCAUGGCGGAGGAGGACGAGGAAAUCGACGUCCACAAUGAGGAGACUUUCGGCAUGGAUGUCGAUUCACAAAUGACCCCAAACUGGCCCGGCGGCGACCUCCUCGAAUUUGGCGAGCCGCCGCCUCGGCCCCCCACGCCGCCGCCAGACCGCAAACAUCCAUCGCCUCAGAACUCACCUUCUCCUCCCAGGCGGGCUGCCCAGUACGUGCAGCGAAGCAGAGGGAGAGGGCAGAGGAGAGGGACGGGCAGGGGUCACAUCUUCGAAGACCCCGCCGUGAUGAGGAUAGUGGAGGGUCGGCCAAGCCUAAAGAGUCUGGAUAGCGCAAUAGUGGACUGUGGGAAGGUCCUGUUUCACCGUACUUUUGAGGAUUGGGUGGAACCAUCGUACCGAAAGACCAGAAGAGUCUCUGGAUCAAUACUUCAGGACAGCGCUAUAGUGUGUGUGAUUGAAGGCCACAGGGGCCGAGGCCAUCAGCUGACCUCCAACUUCCUGGAUCCUGCCGUCUCCUUCAGGGGCAGGAGAGGGGGGGAACCGAGGGGGCCCUACUCAAGGCGGCAGUUUGUCCCGAGAGGCCCCUCGCAGGUGCCCAUGAUGCCAGGUCCUCCUUUCUGUCGUCAGCCGCUAACCCAGAGGCAGCACUACAAUCAGACGGGGGGAUUCGGGUAUCCUACAAACCGGCCGUGCCCAUCCACCCCCCAACCGCUCACCCCCAAACUGAUGCAGCUUCGAUUUGGCCCCAACUCGCCGAGGCCGUCCCCCUUUUACAGCCCCUCAUCUAAUCCGGUACAACAAUUCAGAUACCCAGGUCCAGUCACUCAGCUCCACCCGCAGCAUAAGCGCUUACUUAACCAAAAACAGUGUCUAUUCCACAGGAAACUGGAUGAUUGGGAUCCUUACUGUAAUCUGAUGACAGCCAAGGAGAAGGAAUGGAUCAUCCGGCUCCAGAUGAUCCAGCUACAAAGCGAGAAUCCGUACCUUGAGGAUUACUACUAUCAGGAGUACUACAGGCGAGUGGAAGCAAAGAUGGCAGAGGAGGAGCUGGGCAUCAGGAGCAAGAGGGAGCCCCUCAAGCUCACGACGCCUUACAUCACAAAAACGGACGCAUACACACCAGUGGUGCACAUUGAAGGCUCCCUGGGUCAAGUGGCGGUGUCCACUUGUUACUCUCCUCGGCGCGCCAUCGGUGCCGUUCACGCGGUCCAAGCCCAGGGUCCACUCGAGGAGCAAAAAGACACAAGACGGCAGCGAUUAGAGCUUCUGAGCGAGAUUGAAAAGCUGUUUAUGGUUCUGUUGGAGGUGGAAGAGACGGAUAGGACGAAAACCGCAGUCUUGUCCGAGCCUGAGGAGAGGAGGUUGACGGAGAAGACCCAGAGGAAAGUGGAGCACAUUUACUCCAAAAUGCAGAACCAUGACGUCCUAGAUUCAGGAGGAGAGUUUCUUCCUUUCCUGGUGGUCUCAAAGGGCAAAAAGCUUCUUGCCCGCCUCUUGCCAUUCUUGAAGCAUGAUUCCGCCAUCAAGAUCCUGAGGAUUGUCACGGCCAACCUUCCAACGCUGAUGAGCAGAGACACAGACGAGAACCUUCCCGUGCUCUACCCUCCUCUUCGAAAUGUGAUUGGAGGCCUGACCUUCAGUCAGCUGAUCGUGAUCCUCAGAGUUCUGACCUCAUCAGAGACUCUGUCGACGAAUGAGUGUCUCUCACUGGCAUGCCAGAACAAGUUUGGGCUCUCGUUGCUUUAUGCUCUGCUGUCCCAUGGAGAAAAGUUGUUAUCAUCUGGUGUUCCUCUGGAGCCCAGCAUCGGUGACUUUGAGACAUGGACGGACACAAUAUUUCAGGUAGCUGGGCAGCUUUCCCAGUGUUCGCUGGUGGAGCCGCUCCUCCUGCCCUCUAACCUGCUGACGCUCUUCUGCCGCUACCUGGACAAGCGCACCGUGCACCAGCUGAAAAGCAACAUGGAGUCUGCGACAGGAGGCCUGGCGCUUCCGUCCUGAUGCCGAUGGAGUGUGGCCGUCUUGUAGUGAGCCGAGCUGGACCUUGCAGUAUAUUGUAAAUGUAAUCAUAUGUAUCCAUUUUGAUUCUUAUUCCUUUCCCCUGCUACCUCACAUUUGUGCACACCCAGAAACUUGUUUCCCCAGCCCCUCUCCGUUUCGUCUCAAACAGGUUAGAUUACGGUUAUGCAGAAGUCACAAAUACAAGUUUGCUUUCUGUCAGUCUUUGUAUAGUCCUAGUCAAAUUGUGUUGGAUCAGAAAUUUUUGGCCAAGUUGAGGAUUGUGUAGUAAUGAUUGUACAGUCAAACCUAUGUUGGUUUAUGGUAAUCACUAAGUUAUGACAUGGCCCUUGUACAUUUUAGCCAUGCAGUUUUUUUUGUUUUGUUUUUGUUUUCUUCUUUUGCUUGUGUAAAAAAGUGUGUUGUGUAUACAUUUGAUGUGAACUUUUAUUUAUGAUUCAUUUGGAAAUGGGACUUAAAUCUCACCCUUGUUAGAGC